CCAGUGACAUCGGUAUUUAAACAUGGCGGAGACAGGGGAGAAGCCGAAGGAUUUCUUUCUUCAGUUAGAACGCGCAUUUCCAAUAAUUAAAGGACAGUUUCGAAGCCAAGAUACGCAUAACGAUGUCUCGAUUCAAGAGGAAUGCACAGAGGAGGAAUUUGCGAAUUUGGUAGAGAUUGUACAAUUCAUUGGGUCGUCGCACUACAUCAUAGAGAUUGUGAUCCAUAAUAUAGAACAAUACAUACGUUGCCAUGUGACACCAGCAUUCUGGGAGAAGUUUGAGUAUACUCAAGAUGGUCAACGGGGCUUUGAACUAUUCAAGUCUGCCGUCGAUGGUCUGUACGCCAGUCUCACUGAGUGUCUACCGACGCUAAAAAAGUUAGAAUAUUUGAGACAGAACAGAGGCAAAGAUUUGCAGUCUCUACGCCCAAUCAGAGAUAAUAUAGAUAUAGAGGCACGCUUUAAGCUCAUUGUGAGAGCGACGUUGUUGAGUCAACUACCUCUGCGCCACGAAUGUAUCGUAGAACAUUUCUAUAAAAUCGCGUUUAAUGUAUUUUGCAAUUCGGACAACUUAUCUCAAGCAGAAUCAAUGGGCGAGAUUCAGUGUACAGGAUGUGACCAGGAAAUGAAGAACUGUAGGUGCCAGAUGAUCGUUUACAUGUUUCACGAAACGAACAGAAAAUUAAUCGAGCUGGAGUUAUUGGAGAGACUUGUCGGGAACGUACUCACGUCGCUAAUCCACAUUCGUAUCGAGAGUCAUGUAAUUCAAACGUGCGACAAGACGUUUGACGUGUCACAACUGAGCUUGUUAGAAAAUUGGCUCGAGACCGUUGUCAUGAAUUGGCUGAUAAGAGUUUAUUCUGGUGGGUUCUCGAAAACCGUGGCGCUUAGCGACGAAAUUCGCGAUGCCAUAAACAAGUUUAAACAUAAAUUAUCUCAUUUUCUGUACGAAACGUACACUAACAUAAGAAUCGAUCAUCUCUUUAACAUAAUAAUAGAAUAUCCCGAGUCGCAGCCCGCGGUGGAUGAUCUUCGAGUUUGCUUAGAUCGAACUGAUAAGCGGAAAGUUUUGGUCAAGAAUUUGCAGGAAGCAAUCAAAACGAGGCUCCUGCACGCCGGUGUCAACACGCCUGACAUAGUGACCGCUUAUAUCGCCGCGAUCAAAGCUCUCAAACAUCUUGACCCGACUGGAGUUCUUCUAGAGGCUGUAACUGAACCCAUUAAAUGCUACUUGAGAAGCAGGGAGGACACUGUACGUUCCGUCGUUAAUAGCCUGCUCGAUGAUUCACCCAGCGAGUUGGCCGAUGAAUUGGUGAAGGGUGAAUGCUUGCAGCUGGACGAUGGUUCGGCAGACGAGGAGAAUGAAGAUUGGGAGAAAUGGAUGCCGGAUCCGGUUGACGCUGAUCCCGCUAAGUCAACGCAGCGUAAAGUAUCCGAUAUAAUCUCUACAUUGGUGAACGUUUACGGUAGCCAGGACUUAUUCGUCAACGAAUAUCGCACGUUGCUGGCAGACAGACUUCUCUCGCAACUCAACUAUCACACUGAACGCGAGAUACGUCACUUGGAGUUAUUGAAGAGACGAUUUGGAGAGAAUCAGCUACAUUAUUGCGAAGUCAUGUUGAAGGAUGUUUACGAUUCGAAAAGAAUAGACGGUAACAUCCACUCUGACACCAGCUACAACUUACAACGGGAACUCUUUCCUACUUCUGCGCUCAUACUGUCGGCGCAGUUCUGGCCGCCGUUCAAGGAAGACUGGAAAUUGAAGCUGCCGAGCAUCGUGCAGAAUCAAUUGAACAAAUAUGUGAAGGCGUUCGAGGCCUUAAAGGGAAAUAGAACACUUUGCUGGAAGCCUCACUUGGGAAACGUGAGCCUGGAAAUCGAAUUGAAGGACAGAAAGUUGGAUAUAAAUGUCACGCCGGUACACGCGACGAUCAUCUUGCACUUCCAGGAUAAAAACGAGUGGACUUUGCAAGAUCUAGCGGAGGUGAUGCACGCACCGGCGACUGUUUUGCGACGUAAGAUGGCAUUCUGGGUGUCGCAAGGUCUUCUGAAGGAAACUUCUAGCGAUGUGUUCGUUUUGCAAGAGGAAAGUAUAUCCAAGAAUCGUUUAUCAACUGAUAUUGUCGAGGAGGAAGAAGCUGAGAGCGCGAUGGCCUCGGCCAGUGAUCAGCGAGAGGAAGAGUUGCAAGUGUUCUGGUCGUAUAUUGUUGGAAUGUUAACGAAUCUAGAUUCGUUGCCGAUAGAAAGGAUUCAUCAGAUGUUGAAAAUGUUCGCAUCGCAAGGACCGGGCGCUGUGGAAUGCGGUUUACCGGAACUGAGGCAAUUUCUAGACAAGAAAGUCAGGGAACAUCAAUUGUUGCUUUCCGGUAGUUACUAUCGGUUACCAAAAUCGUAAAAAAGGGGAAUUUUUUAUUCUACUUCUUGUAUUUAUUGUAAAAAUAAGAAAAUUUAUAAUAUGUUAAGUGAUAUUUUUUAUAUAUCAAAAAAUGUCUUUUACAAGAGAAAUAAAGUUAAAAAUAUUUCGACA